AUGGGUUGCAGCACUACUGAAAAGCCAAGCAAGCGCUGCAUCUCCUUUGACCUCAACACAAUAGGUGCACCGUCUACAACGCGAACCGAUUGCCGCUCGCCUUUCCUCCUAGUCUGCAGCGAAGAGGGCGAUUCUGGCGGAGGAGGAUCUGCCGGAUUUACUCUACGUCCCUGCAAACCACCACGAAUGCGAGCCCGCAGCAAACCACCCAGGACAUCUAUGGGUGCGGAAGCAGGCCUGCGUAGACGACAUUACCUCCGCGCGGACAGUCGCGUAGCCGUUUCGAUGGACUGUGAGGCAGAACCACAAAAAGAGGGAGAAGGGGAGUUCGAUUUGUCGCAUAACGUCCAGCUUGGGCGGCGGAAGACUAGAGACACUGCGCUGAAACGCUGGUCCAGCAUCGACGGUCUUGGAUUGAAGUGCAGCUUGCUUCCGCGGUUUCUUGGCACUUGGAAGGCGCCUAUGGAGAAGGAAGAAGGUGAGGUGAAAAAAGAGGUGGAAGAUUUGGAAACCAGUGAUGAAGACCCAUCCGCAUCGGGU